AUGAACCAUAACAAGGAAAGACAGUCAAACCAGCAGAAGGAGAAAGAACAGAGGACUAAAGACAGAAUUUUGAGGUUGAAGAAUGCCAGUAGAACGAAGCUUCGAGACAAAAUUAAGGCUUUGGAGGUGAGUGUAAAAACUGAUCCCAAAAGGAAACAACUCCUUAUGCAAUUGCAAAGGGACCUGGAAUUUAUGGAACAGUAUGAUCUGGGAUACGAAAAACAGGAGAGAAAUGAUAACUCAUUGGGUAAAAAGAGUAUAUUCUAUGAUAAAGACUGGAAUCCAGAUGGGAUUGCUCCGAAGGGAUAUAGAAAUAUACCUCACAAUCCCACUACAUUUGUACGCAAAACUAGACUAACACCUCAAUUAUCAGGGCUAUCGAACAUCAAGCUUCCCAAAGUUUAG